AUGGCUAGGAGCAAUGAAACCGAAGUCAUGUAUUUCAUUCUCCUGGGUUUUCCCACCACUACUGAACUGCAGCUGCUUCUCUUCUCUGCUUUACUUCUGGCUUAUUUAUUAACUGUGUUGGAAAACUUCCUUGUCAUUCUCAUCAUCCAUACUAACCAGAGUCUGCAAAAACCUAUGUAUUUCUUCCUAGGGAAUCUGUCUUUCUUGGAGAUCUGGUAUGUUUCUGUCAUUGAGCCAAAGAUGCUCAUAGAUGUCCUCUCUCAAGACAAACAUAUCUCAUUCCAGGGGUGCAUGACACAGUUGUAUUUCUUUGUGACUUUUGUUUGUACUGAGUAUAUUCUGUUAGCUGUUAUGGCCUAUGAUCGCUUCCUGGCCAUAUGCAAACCCCUCAGGUAUCCACUCAUCAUGAAUCAUCAGUUCUGUGCUCAUUUGACAACUGGCUGUUGGAUGUGUGGUUUGACCACUUCUUCCAUCAAGAUGAGCUUUAUAGGUCAGCUCUCCUUCUGUGAUGUAGCCAAAAUUAAUCAUUAUUUCUGUGAUAUUUCGCCCCUACUGAACGUCUCCUGCAGCGAUUCCUCUUUGGCUGAGCUCGUGGACUUCAUCUUGGCUCUGAUGGUCAUCAUGGUACCUCUGUGUACCGUGGUGGCCUCCUAUAUUUGCAUCAUGUUCACUGUGUUGAAGAUCCCUUCUUCUCAGGGGAGGCAAAAGGCCUUUUCCACCUGCAGCUCCCACUUGACUGUAGUGAUAUUGUUCUACUCCACCACUCUUUUCACUUAUGCCCAUCCUAAGCUCAUGUAUACCUACAAGGCUAACAAGUUGGUAUCAGUCCUGUACACAGUUGUUGUGCCACUUCUGAAUCCUCUCAUAUAUUGCCUUAGAAACAAAGAAGUCAGGUUUGCCCUGAGAAAGACCUUUACUUGCACAAGGCACACCUAA